UCGGUGGUUGGUGCACUUUUGGCGCGGAUAACCACGACAUGUGGGAACGCCUUCCUCAGUGACAUACACCCAGGGACUGUCAAGUACCCUGGUUAGGGAGGUUAGGAUUCUUGUGGCCUGCAGUGCACUGUGCGCAUGCGCCAAUCUGCUUCGGUGGUGCUGGGAGUCUUCGUCGCUAUAGCAACUGAGGCCAACUUUGUGGGGUCGCGUUUUCCCCCAGGCUCUGCUGGGGCCUGUUUAACGUUCAUUUCCAAACCCCUUGCCACUGUGGAGCCAGAUCCCCAUCGUCUGCAGAGGCCUUUGUGACGCUGAGCUGAGCCAGAAGGGGUUAGGGCCUGGAUGGGGAUGGGACGUGACUGCCGCAAGGGCUGCUGCUUGGAUGGGACUGUGCAAGUCCAAGCUGCCCCAGAUGGGCAGGCCACUAACGCCCCAGGAAAAGGACAGACUCAGGUCCUCCCUGAUCAUCUUCGUGGUGGGUGGUCCCGGCUGUGGCAAAGGAAUGCAGUGCAGGAAUAUGGCCACCAGGUAUGGCCUCUGCCACGUGGGCCUGGGCCAGCUGCUGCCGCAGGAGGCCCAAAAAAGCAACCGGCGGGGACAGCAGAUCCAAGACAUUAUGCUGCAGGGGCUCCUGGUGCCCACAGUGGGCCGCGCCCCCAACAUGGUCCUCCUGCUCGACUGUUCCACGGCAACCACGGUGCACAGGGUGCUGCCGGGCCCCGUGGAGCACCGGGAGGACGACUGCGAGCCGGCCCUGCGCCGACGCCUGGAAACGUACUACACCUGCUGCGCGCCCCUCCUGCCCUUCUACCAGCAGCGGAACCUGCUUUGAAGUAUCUUGGCAGAAGAGGCUCCCGAGAAUAUUUUCGCCAAGUGCUGCUCUGUCAUCGAAAGUCUGCAGUGAGCAGGGAGGAGCCAAGGGACUGCGGGGCCGCUAGGGGACGGAGAGCCACAGCACCAGCGCCCCAUCCCACCCUCCC